CGCCCGUGUCCCUCCUCCGGCCCCGGUGCCUCCCCCCGGCGCCUCCCCCCGGCCGUGUCCCUCAGUGCUGUCUCCGCUCUCCCCCCCCAGGCUCAUGGCUCUGCUCGGUAACUCGGGGCCCCCACUUUCCGCCUGACUCUCCCUCCGGUCCCCACUGAUCCUUCCCGCCUUACCACCCUACUCCAGGCCGCGGGCCGGGCCUACCCUUCCUGUGGGACUCCCCCGGGGCCCGGUGCCAUGUCUAAUCAGGGAUCCCGGCGGAAUGGGCCCGUGAAGCUCCGACUGACCGUGCUGUGCGCUAAAAACCUGGUGAAAAAGGAUUUCUUCACCUUCUCUCUUGCUUCUACUGCAGGACUCCCGGAUUCCUUUGCCAAGGUGGUUGUUGAUGGGUCGGGACAGUGCCACUCUACCGAUACCGUGAAGAACACACUGGACCCAAAAUGGAACCAGCAUUAUGACCUUUACAUUGGCAAAUCAGACUCCAUUACCAUCAGUGUUUGGAACCACAAGAAGAUCCACAAAAAACAGGGGGCCGGUUUCCUUGGCUGUGUCCGGCUUCUGUCCAAUGCAAUUAACCGACUCAAGGACACUGGCUACCAAAGACUCGACCUAUGCAAACUCGGUCCCAAUGACAAUGACACUGUGCGAGGACAGAUCGUGGUCAGUCUUCAGUCAAGAGACAGGAUAGGCAGCGGUGGGCAAGUGGUGGACUGCAGUCGGCUUUUCGACAAUGACCUACCAGAUGGCUGGGAAGAAAGAAGAACUGCAUCAGGCCGUAUCCAGUACCUGAACCACAUCACAAGGACGACACAGUGGGAGCGCCCAACACGGCCUGCAUCGGAGUACUCAAGCCCUGGCCGGCCACUCAGCUGUUUUGUGGAUGAGAAUACACCAAUAACUGGGACCAAUGGCGCUUCCUGUGGGCAAACCUCAGACCCCCGCAUUUCAGAGAGAAGAGUGCGGUCCCAGCGGCACAGGAAUUACAUGAGCAGAACACACUUACAUACUCCUCCAGACUUACCGGAGGGAUACGCUUUUUUUUCAGGGGCAAAGAUAGAAAGACGUACAUUCACCACAGAAAACCAUAUAUUUUCGGAAAGGAUACAUUCCCCUGAAUCCAAAUUGGAGCAGAGGACUACACAGCAAGGCCAGGUAUAUUUCCUCCAUACGCAGACAGGGGUCAGCACAUGGCACGAUCCUCGAGUUCCCAGGGAUCUUGGUAAUGUCAACUGUGAAGAGUUAGGUCCUCUCCCUCCGGGCUGGGAGAUCCGCAAUACAGCAACAGGGCGGGUGUAUUUUGUGGAUCAUAACAACCGAACAACCCAAUUCACUGACCCCAGGCUCUCUGCAAACUUGCAUCUCGUCUUAAACCGCCAGAACCAGCAGUUAAAGGAGCAACAACCACCACAGGUGGUGUCCUUGUGCCAGCUCCCGGACGAGGUUGAGUGUCUGACUGUCCCACGCUACAAGAGAGACCUGGUACAUAAACUGAAGAGCCUCAGACAAGAACUGUCCCAGCAGCAGCCCCAGGCUGGCCACUGCCGCAUUGAGGUAUCUCGGGAAGAAAUCUUUGAGGAAUCUUAUCGUCAAGUGAUGAAGAUGAGACCGAAGGAUCUUUGGAAAAGACUAAUGAUAAAAUUCCGUGGGGAAGAAGGCCUUGAUUACGGAGGAGUUGCCAGGGAGUGGCUCUACCUUCUGUCCCACGAUAUGCUGAAUCCAUAUUACGGUCUUUUCCAGUAUUCCCGAGAUGAUAUUUAUACUUUACAGAUAAAUCCAGAUUCUGCCGUGAACCCGGAGCACUUGUCCUAUUUCCAUUUUGUGGGCCGGAUCAUGGGAAUGGCUGUGUUUCACGGGCACUAUAUAGACGGGGGCUUUACACUACCUUUUUAUAAGCAGCUGCUUGGAAAACCGAUUACAUUAGAUGAUAUGGAGUCAGUAGAUCCCGAUCUUCACAACAGCCUUGUCUGGAUACUAGAGAAUGAUAUAACUGGAGUGUUGGAUCACACAUUUUGUGUGGAACAUAACGCCUAUGGUGAACUAAUCCAGCAUGAGUUGAAACCCAGCGGCAAAAGCAUCCCAGUCACAGAGGAUACAAAAAAGGAAUAUGUCAGGCUGUAUGUGAACUGGAGGUUUUUACGGGGGAUAGAAGCUCAGUUUCUUGCUCUGCAGAAGGGAUUUAACGAAGUUAUUCCCCAGCACUUGCUGAAAGCAUUUGAUGAAAAGGAACUAGAGCUGAUUAUCUGUGGCCUGGGGAAGAUUGAUGUCAGUGACUGGAAGUCAAAUACACGAUUAAAACACUGCACAACUGAUAGCAAUAUUGUGAAAUGGUUCUGGAAAGCAGUGGAGUCAUUUGAUGAAGAGAGAAGGGCCCGUCUGCUGCAGUUUGUUACUGGCUCCUCUCGUGUUCCCCUCCAGGGGUUUAAAGCAUUACAAGGUGCUGCGGGACCAAGACUUUUCACCAUUCACCAGAUUGAUGCCAGCACUAACAACCUACCCAAAGCUCAUACCUGCUUUAACCGCAUAGACAUCCCACCAUAUGAGACUUACGAGAAGCUUUAUGAGAAGUUGCUAACAGCCAUCGAGGAGACUUGUGGAUUUGCUGUGGAAUGAAGAGUCAAUUCUUCUAAAGAACACUUCCUCCAGUCUGACCUGACCUGCCACCAUUCCGCUUCCCGGCCACAGGACACUGUGAUUGAGACAAAUAACAAGCAUUUUGGGAAUUAUAUAUAUGUAAAGACUUAUGUGUGUGUCUCACCAUGAAAAAGUCGUUGUGCUUUUGCGACUUAGCUGCUAUUUAAAUGAAUGAUCUUGGACAUUACAGAGAGCACUGCAUUUUCCUUAGAAAGGAGUGUUCUGCAUAUAAAGACUACUAAUAUUUUUUAUAAGAGAAUGGUUAUAUCUAUUACAUUCCCUGCUACUGGAUCCUGCACCACAAAACCGCCUUUCACUCGGUACAAAUAGGGCUUCUCGUACAAGGACACCCACCUGCCCCAAUACCCUCGCAUGAGAAUGCCUUUCUCCAGCAACAUGUGGGGGUUGGGUUAACCUUUGACAUCACUGGGUGCACACCCACCAACCUUAAACAUGGCACCGGCCACAAGAUGAAUGGAACUUGCGUUUCACUUCAUGCUCCACAUUUACUAAAUCUCUGCCCAGUUAUUACUAAUAUUUUCCCAAGACGUACCCUAAAUAGAAUAAUUUAAAACCCAUUAUGACUUUCUAUUUUUAUCUUUAUUCUUCUUGUAAAAGGUUGUUUUUUUUUGUUUGUUUUUUUUGACUGAACAUUUUGUAGAAAGCAUUUUUUUAACCAAACUGCUUAAAUUAUAAACCACACGUUUUCAUAAAGAUCCUUUGUUGAAAUGAAACGUCAUACCACUGAUCUCUAUACUCAAUGGUUUCAACUCAGUUUUGCAAAAAAAGUAUAACAAAAAUGGGAAAAAAUGCCAUAUUUUGCUACUAAUGAAUUUGUUUUUCUAUAAUGUUUAUUCGGACAACGUGAAGAUGUUUCAGGGCAAACAAAUGAAGCAUUUUGUCUGAAAGCUUUAUCAGGUCUACCUACCUCUCUCUGUCUCAUCCUGGUCUUCAUGUGUAAAUAGCAUUAAAAAGAGAAUUUUCUGUGAAAAUUCUGUACAUAUCUGUAAAAA